AUGGUGACCUCCGACAACCACGAAGCCGCCAAGCUAGCCGCCGUGAAGGUCUACUCGGCCCCAAUCAAGGGUACCGUGCCGUUCCGUUUGGCGACAUGUUCGUGGCGCUGUGGGCUGUACUACGUCCUGAACGACAAGUCGCGGGACCACCAGGGAUGGAUUCAGGACACGUUUGACCUGUUUUGCGGACGCGGCGGCGCGGAGCCCGACGCGCAGCUAGCGCCGCUCGCCACGAGGACCUUCAUUGCCGACCCGGGCACGGCGGAUGCCGGACGCGAAGCCCUCAAGAAACGAUGGCUGACUCCGGCGGCGGCUAGGCCUACCCAAGAAGCCUUCGCCACGGACAGGAAGGCUAUCGUGGUAACCACGGAUGAGAUCGUGCAUAGAUUUGAGCGAUAUGGGUCAGCAUUAUUAGCAACGCGUCAUAUGUUGCUGAGCAAGACCUGCCGGCAUCGACAUAAGACCUGCGGCUUCGACGGUUGA